ACAGGUGUAUUGACUAGUCUGUUAAGAGUCGCCGUUCAAAGGCAUCUCUUUAAAAAACUACCCAUGAGAAGUGUUUCACAUUUUUUACUUUGUUAGGACUCAUUAAGCUUUCCCCGCAAGUUUAAACGUUUUAUUUGAAAAAAAAAAGGACUUGGUUUCUAACUUUAAAAAAAAACUAACGAAAGAAAUGGCGUUGGACUGGCUACCGCCGACCGCGCUGGGGUUUCAGCUCACCCCCGAACCGGAGCUCAUGUGCGAUAUCAUGAAGGCCACAAGCGGGGAGGACUCGCUCCCAGUGGCCGCUGCCAUUACCAAAUUCAGGCGCGGCCACGGCGCCGAGUACAUCUCGACUGAGAACUGGAACGACAUCGUCAAGAAGCGACAGGUCGCCAACGCCAAGGAGAGACAAAGGAUCCGGAACCUGAACAGUAUGUUCUCCACCCUGAAGACGAUCGUACCGCUGGUGCCGCGAGACCGGAAGCCCAGCAAGGUGGACACGCUGCGGGCGGCAUCCGAGUACAUCCGCCUGCUGCUGGCGGUGCUGGCCGACACUGGCGGUGUGCAGGGGCUGGAUGGCGUCGUGAGGACGGAAGGGGUGAGCAUGACGGUUCCCAUGAUCACCGCGGGAGCUCCUGGGGGCGGCGGGGUGCUGCUGGGACCGGAGCAGGGCAGCAGGAGUGAGCUCGGGGGGCACUCCCUCCUGUUCCACCACUGCGUGAUGCCAGCUUACAUCAUCCAGCUGCCUCCUGAACACUCCCUGAUGUUUCAGACCAACUAAGGACCUUGCACAGUGGUUGAUAUGACAUCUCGGUGCUGAAAGAACACAUUCUAAGGACAUGUGCAUCUGGAGGCUUGUUCUUUGGCUUUCAAAAGGGUGAAGCAGUGAAUGGGCACCAUUGCCCUUUUUGUUUUACACUUUAACUUUUGUUCAGUUCAGUAUCACAUUUGUUCUGUUUUUUUGCAUGUUUGCGUUAAGCCCUGUCUAAAGCACUUAUUAAAAUUGUUUGUGAAGGGA